CCCUCACACACUCGACAUACAGAGGGAAGAAGAACUAACAUCUGCCAUGUUUUGGAUUCACAACUUUACAAGGGCUGUCAUUUUGCAUUCUUCACCACACACUCCACCACCAUCUCACUGUGUGCCCAAUAGUGUGUGUGUCUCAAGUUGCUAGGGGCCGAGUGAUGUCACAGACGGUAGCGUGAGGUCAGAGCUUCCCCUUAUAACCUACACAGAGAACAGACCAGACUUCACAGCCGCGUAUCUCAACAUAUCUGAGAAAGAACCCACAGCGUUGGCAGACGUGCUCACAUGCAAAGGUCUCUGCUGCUGUGGUGUGACAGGAAGGUUUGCUGCUGACCCUGUUUGCUGCUGCACAGCUCCGAGGGAGAGGCAGUGCGUCAGUCUGCUGUUUACAGUGAAGUGUGAAGCUGCUGCAUGCGGUCGCUGGCAGUUGCUCCUGAAUCUGACCUCUCAUCUCCGUCCACGCUGAUCCUUUAAGGUGACGACAGAGAAGGUGAUAGGAUGAAGGAUUGAUUGGAAGAAAAGUUGUUGACACCAGUGUGUGUGAGAGACAAAAUGACUCUGAAUACGUCUGGAGCGUGGGAGGAGUCCCUGACCGACUCCUCCUCACGAUGUGGACACAACAUGACCAGCUGGGAAGAACGCAUGGACACCAUGUACACCUACUUCUACCUGCUGCUCUUCAUCCCCGGCCUGUUGCUCAACACCACCGCCCUCUGGGUCCUCUGCAGACACAUUAGUAAGAAGACCAAGGCGGUGAUCUUCAUGAUUAACCUGUCGCUGGCCGACCUGGCACACAUCCUCUCUCUGCCCCUCAGGAUUUAUUAUUACUUCACACACACCUGGCCUUUUGGACGAGGCGUCUGCUUAUUCUGCUUCUACCUCAAGUACCUCAACAUGUAUGCCGCUAUAGUGUUCCUGGUGUGUAUCAGCAUGCAGAGGUGUGUCUUCCUUCUCAACCCGUUCUCCGCCCGCAGUUGGAGGCGGCGCUAUGACCUGUUGAUCAGCCUCGUAGUCUGGGUGGUGGUCGGCCUGGCCUGCUCGCCUUUCAUCCUGAUGCGGAGCAGCAGCUCCUCCAGCCACGCCAUCAGCACACAGACAGUCUACAACAUGUCCUACUCUCUGUCUGCCAUUUCUACCCAGCAUCCCUCAGUUUACAUCAAUCUCAGCAGAGGCUCCAUCCCUACCAAAUUGGGCUGUUUUAAAGACCUGCCCAUGCGUCGCCUGUCCCCGUACCUGGCCAUCACCAUGAUGGGCCUCGCUGAGCUUUUUGGGUUCAUCAUCCCUUUGACCUGCAUCUGCUUCAGCUCCAUCCGAAUAGCCCGGUCUCUCUUCCAACAACACACCCAGGAUCAGCAGAACCUGACCGGGCUCAACUCCACGGCACGCAGCCGACUCCAGUCCUUCAUCUCCGACUGUCCAACGGAUACUUCUCAUGAAAAGCUGUCAAAGGCGGAGAAGCGGCGCGCUCUCCAGAUGGUGCUGAGCUGCUCCGCGCUCUUCCUGUUCUGCUUCGCCCCCUACCACCUCAACUUCCUGCUCUACCUGCUGGUGUCGCAGGACAUAGUGACCCACUGUGCGACCCGGCUGGCGGUGAGUCAGUUCCACCCGGUGUCUCUGUGCCUGGCCAGCCUGAGCUGCUGCCUCAACCCUCUGCUUUAUUACUUUCUAACGGCCGAGUUCAGGCUGCACCUCACCAGGCGCAGCUCCUCCUUCACCGCCUCGCUGCUCUCCUCCCCCAUCAGCUCCCCCACCGCGCGCCCCGCACCGGAGAGACUGCUGAGCAUGGAGAGUAGCUGCUCAGAGAGGGAGUAGCAUUCUUCAAAGAUAGUCGGUUUUUUGGUAACUCUCACCAUGAAUACAAUGCAUUUUUAAACAGAUUUAGAGCAUUAUGAUAUAUAGCACCUUAUAAUUGUAAUAAGCACUACAUAUUCAUAAUGCUUUAUAAUAUUCAUCAUAACACAUUAUAAAGGAUUUUAUAAUUACUUAUAAAGUAUCACAAUACUUCAUAACUGUUAUUUGGUUGCAAGGGUCAAAGUUAUUCUAUAAUUAUCAUAGUUGUAAUAUUUAUAUUUAUAGGCAUUAUAAUCUCUCUUUUAAUGCAUUACAAUGCUAUUGAUAGUAACUCUAAGUGAACAUAUGUUGCUUAAAAGUACAUUUGGAAACUCUUGGGGUAUACAUAGAAAUAUAACAACACAAGCUGUUACCACAAGUGCUCAAAGUGAAAAAUAUCAUUACGUGUGUGAAACUAAUUGAUGUCUUUAACAAGUCAUAACAGAAAUCCAACAAUGGGCUCAAAACAUCCGAUGAUACCUGAAACAAUGUAUUAUUUAACUGUGGCUGUAUACAAUGUGUUAAUGAGUCAAUUCGGUGUUUAAUGUGAGUAUUUGAUGGGAAUUACAUUAGUUAAAUGCAAAUGUGCAUCAUUUUUCAAAAGGUUUCAGGUUUCAACAUAAAUGACUGU